UUUGAGCAUUAAGCAAACUAUAUGAUACAUUUAGUACUUUCUUAACCCAAGCCCAAUUCAUGACAGUCAUAACUGCCACAUAACAUAGGGUGGCAGUGGCUCAGGCGGUUGAGCAGGUCGAAGGGUCAGCAGUUCGAUCCCCGCUCCUCCUAGCCAGUUUCCAGCUCAUCGAGAGAAUUCCAAAAGUCUGCAAAGCAGUAAUCAAAGCAGAAAGCGCCACAUUAACGUGCAGAAAGCGCCACAUUAACGUGCAGAAAGCGCCACAUUAACGUGCAGAAAGCGUCACAUUAACGUGCAGAAAGCGUCACAUUAACGUGCAGAAAGCGCCACAUUAACGUGCAGAAAGCGCCACAUUAACGUGCAGGCUGCCAUGUCUUGUCAAUUUUAUCUUUUGUCAUGAAUUGUUCACUUUUGGUCCAUGUCUGUCACUUGUGUUGUCUCGUGUUGCACUUCCUGUUUUAUUUUGAAACACUAACUCUCCUCUCGUUUCAGGCCUUGUUUCUUCCUCCCCUUGUCUGUUCCCCUACAGGUGGGACUGUGUAAUCCUACCUGAUUGUUUCCACCUGUGUUUCCCUUCCUCAUGUCUUAAAUAGUCCGAGUCUCCCUGUGCCAGUUCGUUUGGUUACAUUCAUGAGCCAUAGCUAAAGCUUUUUCAGAGAUUAAAACUGUGUUCAUGUUUGAAUCUGACGAAAGUCAAGUUUGCAUAGUCAAUGAAGCACUUCCGCCGUGUGACGCAGCUCUACGUUGGAGUCACGUGACCCUGGCGAGAAAAGCAGAAGUGACUUUUCUGCAGAGAGGAAACAUUGAAACCUUCGCCUUCAGAUUCCCCCAAACUCCUGGUCGGUGGGACAGCCUCCUCCUGCCUGCAGACACUGAGGCAAAAUGGCCCCGGGGUUGGAGGAGGAACUAACCUGCCCCGUGUGCCGGGACAUCUUUGAGGAGCCGGUGUUUCUGCCGUGCAGCCACAGCUUCUGCAGAGCCUGCCUGAAGAGAUGGUGGAAGAAGAAGCAGGUCCUGAAGUGUCCCGUCUGCAACAACGCCUGUGGAAGUAAGCGUCCGCCCUGCAACCUGGCUCUGAAGAACGCAUGUGAGGCCUUCUUGCUGGAGAGGGCGGAGCCAGAGCCCCUCUGUAGGCUUCACGCCGAGAGCCUCAAGCUCUUCUGCCUGGACCACCAGGAGCCCGUCUGCCUCAUCUGCAGAGACUCGGACGCUCACAGGAACCACAGCUUCCGACCCGUCAGCGAGGCCGCUCUGGAUCUCAGAGAGGAGCUGCGGAGGUCUCUGGAACCCUUACAGGACCGCCUGAAGCUCCUCCAGCAGGUCAAAGGUCACUUCGGCCACACAACAGAACAUGUUCUGCUCCAGACCCGACAAGCUGAGACGCAGAUGAAGAAGCAGUUCCAGGAGCUUCACCGGUUUCUGCAGGAAGAAGAGGAUGCCAGGAUUGAUGCUCUGAGGGAGGAAGAGAGGCAGAAGGUUUGGGUGUUGAGUCACGAGACGGAGGCUCUGAGGAGGGAGAUGGCAGCUCUUUCAGACGUGAUCCAAGCUGCAGAGGAGCAGCUGAGAGCUGCAGACGCCUCAUUCAUCCGGAACCACAAGGCUGCAGUGGAAAGAGUGCAGCGCUGCCGCCUGCAGGACGUCCCGCGGCUGCUGUCAGGAGCUCUGAUGGAUGUGGCCAAACAUGUGGGCAACCUGAGCUUCAGAGUCUGGACCAAGAUGAAGGAGGUGGUGUCCUACAGACCGGUGAUUCUGGAUCCCAACACAGCCGAAGCGGGACUCCUCCUGUCUGAAGACCUGACCUCUGUGAGACACGGACCGAGGCAGGAGCUCCCCGAAAACCCAGAGCGCUUUGAAUGCCACGGCAUGGUUCUGGGCUCGCAGGGCUUCUGCUCGGGGGCCCACAGCUGGAGCGUGGAAGUGGGCGAUAGCAGAGCCUGGUUAGUGGGCGUGGCCGCAGAGGGCUUCAGGAGGAAAGGAGCCCCUGACCCGUCGAGUGGGCUGUGGGCCGUGGCCUUCUCCAACGGCGAGUACGUCUCCAUCUCCCCUACGGGUCCGUCUCCUCUUCAUCCUGAGAGGAAGCUGAAGAGCGUCAGCGUUCAUCUGGACUGGGGGAGAGGAAGACUGACCUUCACUGAUGCAGAGACUCAAGCCCACAUUCAGGAGUUCACACCCGGCCACACUGAGGCGCUGUUUCCGCUCUUCCACACCAGCAGUGACCUGCCGCUCAGGAUUUCCCAGGCUCCUUCAGGGGAGGACGAGGACGAGGACUGUGUUGUUCGUCUUGAUGAUGAAAUCUGAAAUCUUUUACAAAGGAAACAGACGUCCAAACUUGUUUUUUCUUCUUUUUUCCCUUUUUGAGCCACCAUGCAUGUAAAAAACCUCAUCCAUCCAGACGUUUAGUGCUUCGUGUUCUCUGAUCUGGAUGAAACUUGUUAAAACUGUUGAUCAAAUCGUGUUUUCAGAUUUUUAAAGCUUGUUGCCAAGAAAACCAAAAAAAGGAAUUUCAAGUUUUCCUUCAUCCUUUGAAACCCAAAAUGGACAUGUCAGUAUUUUAGUAAAGGUUUUAGCAGAGAUGGUUCCUGUCUUUCAUGAAGUUCUGGGGCCUCAGAUGAGAGAAAAUGCAACACCUCCUCCCAAGGAUCCGUUCUGACUUUCUUCUUCUGCUCUCGUCAACGUUCAAAACAUUUCAGCUGUAAACUGUUAGACGGACUGUUUUGCUCUGAGAAAGGGAAAGGUUCCACAGAUUCAAAUGCUUUAUUUCAGGCAAUGAAAACAAAAAAGACAAAUAAGCAAAAAAGAAAAAUACAUUAACAUUAUUAACAAACGUAUCUAAAUGAUCAGAAUCAGGUGUCCUCAUCACCACGUAGACCACGUAAACUGAUGGAGAGGGGUCAGAGGAUGCUGAAGGUCAAAGAGGUCAACGACUUUCUGCAGUCAUUUGCUGCAGAGCUCCACAGGUCAUGUGACCUUCAGAUUACAAGUCCAGCACGCAGAGAGCUUCAUGGAACGGGUUUCCACGGCUGAGCAGCUGCAUCCAUCCACACAUCACCAAGUGAACGCAAAGCGCUGAUGCAGCGGUGCAUAAAGACCUGGAGGACAGAGUCUGGUGUGGAUAAACUGGACCUGACCGGCUCAGAGUCCUGACCUGAACCCCAUGGAACCCCUUUGGGAUGAAUUAGAGUGGAGACUGAGAUCCAGGCCUUCUCCACCAACAUCAGAGUGUGACCUCACCAAUGACCUUCUGGAAGAACGGUCCACAACUCCUAGAAACACUCCUCAACCUGGUGGACAGCCUUCCAGAAGAGUUGAAGCUGGAAAAGCUGCAGAAGGUGGACGGCAGGAUUGAACUCUAUGGGUUAGGAAUGGGACGGUCCUUCAGUUCAGAUGUGAGUCACGGCAGGAGAGACAAUACUUUAGGUAAUAUAGUGAUAUAAUGUGGGGGCGGCUGUGGUGCAGUGGAACAGUGGUCGACCUCUGAUCGGAAAUCUGCAGGUAUGAUUCCAACCUUUUAUCAAAGUGUCCUUGGGCAAGAACCCCACCCUGCCCCUGGCGGCCGUAGGUUGGCGCUAGUGUCUGUGGGGGAGUGGGACUGUGACUGCAAAGCCAAUCAUUUCCAUUGUUCCAUUCAAAAAUGUCAACUUUCAUAGUUUCAGGCGCCUCUGUUUAUUUGAUUUCAAGUAUUUAUUUAUUCAUUUCUCCUACAUUGGGGCUCAUACGAACCACAAAAACAGGAUUUCAGAAAAUUAGAAAUCAUUAUUUACUUCUCAGUUUUUGCAGACAGAGAUUCUGAUCACAGCAAAUCCAUCAAAAUAAAGUAUUUUCAAAACGA